AUGGCGAGCGGGGUGAACCUCACUGCGGUGACAGUCAUUGCUGCCGUCUCCGCCGUCCUCGCGGCCGGCGUCACAGCGCUAAACGUUCCCUCCGGCGUCUUCGGCCUGCACCCCAAGCCCCACGUGCUACCCUUCUUCUGCACGUGCGACGAUGACUCAGCGCUGAUGGAGGACAGCCUGGCGCGCUGCCAGGUGGCGAGCGACUUCCUCAUCGCGCUGUCAUACCUGUCCAUCCCACUCGAGCUCGCAUACUUCACGCUGAGGGCCAGGAACUUCUCACACCGCUGGGUCAUGCUGCUCUUCAGCCUCUUCAUUGUCCUCUGUGGCCUGACCCACCUGGUGAACGUGUGGACGUACGGUGCGCACCCGCGGCAGCUGAGUGUGGUGCAGACGGUGCUCAAGGUGCUCUGUGCGGCCGUCUCAUGGGGCACAGCCUUUGUGCUCUUCACCAUCAUCCCCUCGCUCCUCAAGUUCAAGGUUCGGGAGCUUUCGCUGCAGCACAAGGCUGCACAGCUGGAUCGGGAGAUGGAUGCUAUUCGAAGAAGAGAGGAGGUGGGGCGGCAUGUGCGUAUGCUAACAUACGAGAUCCGCCAGUCCCUGGACCGCCACACCAUCCUCAACACCACGCUAGUGGAGCUCGCCCAGGCGCUCAUGCUUGAGAACUGCACCGUGUGGAUGCCCGACCCCUGUGAGUGUGUGCUACUGACCCCUGUGAGUGCUACUGACCCCUGUGAGUGUGUGCUACUGACCCCUGUGAGUGCUACUGACCCCUGUGAGUGUGUGCUACUGACCCCUGUGAGUGCUACUGACCCCUGUGAGUGUGUGCUACUGACCCCUGUGAGUGCUACUGACCCCUGUGAGUGCUACUGA